AUGGAUACAUUCUCUCGGCCAGCCAAUGAGCGCGCUGCGGAAGGGGCUGUUGCCGUGGGGACGGGCCGGCUGGAACAGGUGCAUUUAGGGCGCGCGGGAGCCUGGCGGGCUGUCCUCACCAGCGGCGAGGCUUGGGAGCUCGCGCAGGCUCGGCGACAGGUCACGUUGCACAGAGAGCCCCGACGGGGGGAAGCCUCUGUCCCACCCCGGCAACCCCCUCCCCUGUGGGUCGCCGGGCACUUGCGGAGCACCAGCCGCGCCUGCGCGGUGCGCUCCUUGCCUAGCACCCCGCCACCCCCACCUCCUGGCUCAGCUGGUGCGGGGUGUCGGGCGACCGUGUGGAGCCAAACGCUCGACUCUGGGGUUCCGUCACGGCCUGGGAUGGGUGAGGGUCGAGGAGGAGUGCCUGCCGAGACCCCCGACUCGCAAGAAGGGCUGGGAGUCGCAGAGAACGUCUCCACGGCUCUGCAGGGCCCGCAGAUGCUAAAGUCAUUGAAGGAAGAACCAUGUCUUACUCAUUUUUGUAUGGCCUGGCCUCCCACAGAUACACACGAUUCUAAGCUGCUCACACGCGGCAGAGUGUGCGUAUGCUCUCCUGGUGUGGGAACGGUGAGUGUGCUAAUUCAUGGUUUGGAGGCGAGAGAAGGUACGAGGUAGAGCUGGAAGACGGUGAGCUACAAAUAGUGUGAGCCACCUCCACACCUCGUGCUGCAGAACUACACCACUUCUUUCCCUGCCAAAGGGGAGCCAUGGUGCUACAGUAGCCUGAGGACAGAGAGGCUUGUUUUUUCUUUGGAGAAGGACUCUUCCCUGAUAGGAGAAAUGACUAUCAAUCAUGGUGCCUCCCCUUAACCUGGCCAAGGGGAGGAUGCAUACAUGAUUGAAAGCAGGUCUAUCAGAUGCUCUUGACCUGGAAUUCUGAUGUCAAGAGAAAAGGCACAAAAACUCGAAUGGUCCCAGAUCAUUUACUCUGGUAACAGCGGCCAAAGAAAACUGCAUUAUUCCGAACACCGGAAUUCCCAGAGCUUCCCUGACACUUUUAUGAAGAAGAUCCUCAGCUUCUCCUGUU